CAAUUCUUAUACCAUUUCGCAACCGGCAUGAACAUCUUCCAAUAUUGUUCAGACAUCUAAUACCCAUGCUUCAAAGCCAGCGCCUUGAGUUUGCCUUCUAUGUCAUCGAGCAGGCUGGUACCCAUCCCUUUAACCGUGCCAUGCUCUUUAAUGUUGGAUUUAAAGAGGCUAUGAAAGAUUUGAAAUGGGACUGCCUUAUUUUUCAUGAUGUGGAUCAUAUACCUGAAAAUGAUAGGAAUUAUUAUGGAUGCGGACAAAUGCCAAGACACUUUGCAACAAAACUGGACAAGUAUAGAUACAUGCUUCCAUACAACGAGUUCUUUGGAGGUGUUAGUGGUCUAACGGUACAACAGUUUAAGAGAAUCAAUGGAUUUCCAAAUGCAUUCUGGGGCUGGGGAGGAGAAGACGAUGACCUCUGGAACAGAGUUCACUUUGCUGGCUACACUGUAACAAGACCAGAGGGCGACUUGGGAAAGUACAUGUCAAUUCCUCAUCAUCACCGAGGCGAGGUUCAGUUCUUGGGAAGGUAUAAAUUGUUACGUUAUUCCAAAGAGCGUCAACUUGUUGAUGGCCUGAACAACUUGAAGUAUACUCCUGUAAUAACAGUGGAUAGGUUGUACAAAAAUAUCACUGUAAACCUUACACCAGAAUUAGCACCUGUUGAAGACUAUUGACUUCUUCCAAAGUCUUAAAAGCCUAUGUCACUGUAAAGAAUUAAGAACUUAAGCGCACUGCUAGUGUGGAAAGAAAAUAUUUGACACAGUCACUUAGCAUUUUAAUCUUCUAAAACAUUUAUCAAAGUGAAUGAUAUAUUGAAUAAUGAAUUUAAAUGUUGAAGAAAUGCUGCACUUUUGUGUGUGCGUGUGUGUGUUUGUGUGCGUGCGUGCGUGCGUGUGUGUAUAUGAGCGACAUGUCUUCCCACGUGUUGACCAUGCUUAUGAAGUUGUCACAUCGUGAAAAAUUAAUGCCAGCAACUGCUGAGGUGAAAUGUAUAACACAAGUAUGGUAAAUCAAGCCUUGUUUUUUCAUCUGACAUAGCUGCUCAUACAGAAGAAUGAGAGUGAAAGAGAAAAACCUUUGAGGUGUUACCUCACAAGAAACUUUUAUGUAUACUCUUUGAGUUGAAGUGCUGUUUAUCAUUAUUUUUGUACAUAUCUGAUGUACGUUGAAUGUCAUUUUUAAAAUGCUACCAUGUUUAUAGGUCAGUCUGUUUCAAGUGCAGCUGCUAUAUAGGUAUCCCCAUUUGCAUGCACUAUCAGAUGUAAAUACUGUACUAGUUGUUAAAUGGUCUGCAUAUGUAAAGAGAUGACAAUACCUUUUUUUCAGGGAGCUACACCUCUUAUGCUGCUGAGUUUCAGUAGUUGUGAGCUUAUUGGCCUGCUUGCAUUUUUUCAGGAGGUGAUUUAAUUUUAUAUAGAUCAGGAAAAGCAGCAGUAGUUCUGUAGAGCCAUUCCACAUCCUUAAAAAUUCAUCCGAGUGCUUGCAUGCAGUAACCUAAAUGUUUGGAAUAUUGAUCUGCCACCCGCUAAGAACACUUAUUUUUGGUAAACUGCUUGAAAUAUAUAUUAUUUUGUAUUAUUAUGGUUCUGUUACAGAGUUCAUUUAUGGUAUGUGACAAAAAAGUGCAGCGUAUGUUUGAAUUCUGAGUGUAUGCUGUCAGUGUUUCAGUGCCCACAUGUUCAUCAUAAAAGGGUCAUUGUUCUCCAUUUCAUAAAAGUCCUUAUUUUUAAAUAACACAAGAAACUACUGCAUUAUGUCACUGAAUAGUGGUGCUCAAAGCCCCUCUAAAAGUAAAGAAAUUGAUGUGUGCUAUGUAGUCCAAGGAAAACAAAGGCCUAAUCUGUCUACACUUAUAUUCCAAUAUCAAGAUUGCUUUCAUGCCAGUGUUUUUCAAGUGUACAUGUGAAUGUGCAUCUUAGAGAAGGCAUGUUUUUAAAAAAAAUAGCCAUUUUACAUGGGGAAGACAGGGGGGGGGUGCAUUUCAGAUUUAUUUUUUAUUUGAAAUCUGUAUAUCCCAAAAUGGCAUCUUGUAGCUCAUGCUAGUUUUCAGAGCUGCUGAAAGGGCAUGACAGUAGCAAAUAACUGAACUGUUAAAAUUUAGCAUGUUCUCAUAAAAAACAAAGGAAAGAAAUCACAUAUUUGACAUAACUGCACACUCUGAGUUAGCUGUAGAGGUUUCAUGUGGAGAGCUGUUUUUUAAUGUGGACUAUUUCAUUACAGUGAAAUUAUAAUCUUGUAUGGUGGCAUUUCAGAUACUGUGCCAAACUCAGCCUUUCCCCAAGGGCAUGUUGAUGCUUCUGUUUGCUUUUUGGCUGUUGAAUGAGAAAUGUGUAACCUGUGAUGUCCCUCUUUAUGGAGGUAGUACAUUCCUCAAUAUCCUUUAUUAUGGUGAUGAAGAUACAACUUUUUCUUAAUUUUGUUUGAUGUUUAGUGUGUCAUAGAGCAAACAUUCUACACACUUUUUUUAAAUUUAUUCUGUUACACUUUGACUUUUUCUUGCCAGUUUUCAGUGAAAUAUUGGUGACUGGCAAUGCAUCCAUAUAAAAUGAAGGCAGUACUGGGAAAAACAGAUUUACAGAAAAAAAAAAUCUUUAAAGAUGCAUCUCUUUGGCAAGGAGCUGUUACAUCUUUACUUACAGAGAUCUAUAAACUUACUCAUCUGCCAAAACAAUUUUUACUGGUACUUUUGAGAAAAUUAAGUGGACAACUUUUUGAGAGAUGUGUGCCUGCCAUUUAAAUAUGAUGUGGACAUCAUGGAGUGAUUUUAAAAGCUAGGAUUUGUAUUGCACUUUUGAGUGUUUACCUGUGCAUUAAUUUCAGAAAACACACUGGCAACAGCUAAAACAUGGAAGUUUGAAAGUAACAAAGAUGCUUGCAUGUAAUUUGUUUUUGUUUCAGUUGAGGUAUCAUGCUGGUAUAGUUCUGUUGUCUGUAUAUCCUAGUAAGACUCCAUACCCUUUCUGUUGUGUUUUUCAUGAGCUCGUUUUUUAACUCAGAUAUGUACCACUAAAAUGUAGAUUAUUUGUGAAAAUGUAAUGUGAUUAUAUUUAUGGCCUUUUUAAAAUCUGUUUUUAUAAGAAGCUUGAAUUUUGAAUGAAGAAAAGCUCAGAGUAAUUGUAUUCCAGGUCUUUUUCUUAGUUUUCCAUUUAAUGCUGUCUGUUGCUGUGCAGUGAUAUGGGUUAGUAACCAGAGGAAGUACUGUGGCUGAUUGAUUGUGCCAGCACUUAUUUUUGUUAGAUGUUCUCAGUCCAGUCCAGCAUACUUUUACAGAACUGCUGGUGAUCACUGUACAUAAGUUUACUGGUUGAUUAUUUUCUACAGUUCUGUUAACUGCUGCUUCCAUAUUGCAGCAGGUUAAUGUCAGUUGUCAAUACUACAGACUAACAGCAACUUUUCUGAUGGUAUUCUGGCUACUCGGUCAUAAUGCAUGUAAAAAAAAUAUAUAUGAUGCAUGUUAUUGGUAUAGAAUAACAUUCUAUUUUUUUAUACAUUUUGGGACCUAUUUGAUGCUGUAUACACUGUUGUAUUUCAUUCUACAACUAUAUUUAUGAGCAGUAUUUACAUGGAGAACUUAAACUUUAAGGAGCAAAAUGUGAUCAGCUUACAAAUCCAACAUUUUUAGUAGUAUUUGUGCAGUAUACAGAACAGGCAUAGCAGUUUCAUUUUAAAAGUUUUUCUGGAAUAUUGAUAAGAGUGAGAGUUCUCUAUAAUAUCACAGAAGUCCAGCAGAAGUGCAACAUUGUCCACUGUUACUAUGAGUGCAUAGGGUUAUAGCACUAUUCAUUAUAAAUUAUGUAUGCUUGUCUAAAUUCUAAAACAGAAAUUCUAAUGUCAGCAAUGCAGACUGCACCAUACCAAGAAGCAUAAUAAUGUAAAAAAUAAAAUGAAUGACAUAGAAAAUGUUA